GAUAAGAUCGAUUCCGUCGAGUCAUUGCCGUUACCUUUGCCCAGUCACGAGGCGAUGUGGAACGGAUAUGACUUUGAUCCAUUCUCAGUAGUUCAUCUGUCAGUUUAUAAAUUUUGCAGACAGAAAUGUAGAAGAUCCAAAGAAAAGAAAAGGGGAAAAAAGCUUCACUCUCAUCAUGGAGGUCACCUUCUCUCCCGUUCGGCAUGAAUUUAACGAUUCAUCUUCAUGAAAGUGCCCGGGGAAGAGAGGAUGUCAAACGGAGGGAUGUAUGGGUCAGUGCAAUCUCUACACGAAGGAAAUGAUUCAAUAUCGAAUGUCUUGAAACGUGACGAUGGAAUUACUCGAUCUUUCUCCUCGGGAGCUCUCUCACAAGAAGAGAAAGAAAACAAGAGGAGAAGAGGAGCACGGGGUUCCCCGUCCUAUUCCCCAGAUGAAUCUCUUCUGUUUGGGGUUUCGUUUCAACCUGGGCCGAGUGGCAUCAUGGCCGCCUCCACAUCGCCCACGUCUUCUUUCGGGCCUCAAUUCCCUCCUCAAUUAGGCCCUCCCGUCGGCAUUGCAUUUGCUAGGGCCAUCGCCCACAAGUGCUGCCCUUCUAUCCUGACACGAUUCACCAGAGAAGCCAGGUGGGUU